GGGCGGCCCGUGUCCGUCCGUGUCCGUCCGUGUAUCCGCCCGCGUGUGCCCGGUGCGGGCCGUGCCGCACAUAAAGCCCGGCCGUGUGCGCAGCGCCGUCAUGUGUCUGUUGUGGGUCCGGGGCCUCGUGCCCGGGGGUGGCCGGGACUGUAACCAACGGAACCGGGAUCCGACGGGGCUCAGAGCACGAGGGGGAUGGAAAUAAAUAACACCGAGGGUGGAAAUAACCCCGAGGGUGGGGCAGCCCCCAGAGCACGGACACGGGCUCGGGACCCACUUGGCACGUGGCCCAUGGCAGUGGGUCACACUGGGCAGUGACACUGCGGGGUUUGGGUAACACGAGUGUGGCACGAGGCAGCUGUUCGUGUCCGCUCCCCUUUGUCGCCGUCUGGUCUCACUGAGCAGCUCUUGUGUCUUUCAAUUCCAGCGCCCCAUCCAUUAACCUGACCAGCUGCAGGUACGAGAGCGGUAAGUCGCAGGAUGCGUCGCGUCCCUUUGGAUCGAGCCGUGCAGGCGGCUGCUCAGCCAGCAAGGAGCGCUGCAUUUCUGCUGCAGAGUCACUUGUGUGUUACGUGUUUUGCGUCGUGCUGCACUGUGCUGUGGGCUGAAAGAAGUGGGAGAAAACGAGGACUGGACGGUGUAUUGGACUGACAAUUCAGUCUCUCUGGAACGUGUUAUGGAAAUGAAACGGUUUCAGAAAAUCAACCAUUUUCCUGGCAUGAUAGAGAUCUGCCGUAAGGACUUGUUGGCUCGCAACCUUAACCGCAUGCUCAAACUCUUCCCCAAGGAGUACAAUAUUUUUCCCCGUACGUGGAGCCUGCCAGCUGACUAUGGAGACUUCCAGGCCUACAGACGCAGGAGGAAGAACAGGACAUUCAUCUGCAAGCCAGACAGCGGCUGCCAAGGUCGAGGUAUCUUCAUAACACGUAAUCCGGAAGACAUCAAACAUGGAGAGCAUAUGAUCUGUCAGCAGUAUAUCUCUAAGCCUUUCCUUAUUGAUGGCUUUAAGUUUGACAUGCGUAUCUAUGUGCUGGUCACAUCUUGUGACCCACUGAGGAUUUUUGUCUACGAGGAGGGUCUGGCCCGGUUUGCCACCAUGAGGUACAUCAAUCCCAGCAGGAGAAACCUGGGUGAUAUCUGCAUGCAUUUGACCAAUUAUGCUAUCAACAAACGUAAUGCUAACUUUGUCCAGGAUGACACGAUGGGCAGUAAGAGGAAACUCUCCACCCUGAAAGCCUGGAUGAUGGAUAACAGCUACAACACAACAAAACUCUGGGAAGAUAUUGAAGAUAUAAUUAUAAAGACUCUUAUUUCAGCUCACCCUGUGGUGAAGCACAAUUACCAAAGCUGCUUUCCUAACCACACUACCAGCUGUGCCUGUUUUGAGAUACUGGGUUUUGAUAUUUUGCUAGACAGAAAUCUGAAACCUUGGCUUCUAGAGGUGAACCACUCUCCCAGCUUCACCACAGACUCUCACCUGGACCGUGAGGUGAAGGAUGCUCUUCUGUUUGACACCAUCAACUUGAUAAAUGUGCAUGCCUGUAACAGAAGGAAAGUGAUGGAGGAAGACAAACAGCGGGCACAGGAACGACUCCUUCAGGCCCAUCGGUCUCCUCGUGUAUCCAGACACGAGGAGUCAGAGAGCAGCCAGGCAGCCUGGAUCUCUGAGGCUGAGGAUUAUGAGAACUCCCACCUGGGCAGCUACCGGCGCAUUUACCCAGCAUGUGGAACUGACAAGUAUGAGCCAUUUUUCAAGCAGAGCAGCUCCCUCUUCAAGGAGACGGCAUCAUCCAAAGCACGAGAGGAGUGUACCAGGCAACAACUGGAAGAAAUCCGCGUAAAGAAAGAAAAGACAGAAGCUGUUAAGAGCAAGAAGAAAAAAGAGAGGAAAGAAGGGCUGCAGGGAGAGUCAGACACAGACAAACCCAUGAUUAAUAACAAAACCCCAGCUUCUGCAACCGACUUCAACAACAGAAGCACAAAGAUGUGGGAUAAAAAGAUGAAGCACGUGCAGUAUGACUCCAUGCAGCCCCAGGAUAUUCUGGAAGACGAAGAGAAGAAAAGAGUGCAUGCUCUUGCGAGGCGUAAGAAACUUAUCCAAGGCCUGGGCAUCAUAGAUCUGCUCUCCCAGAUUCUUCCCACAACCGAGAAACCAUCUGACACCCACAGAACCUGCACUGUUACCGCCGAGAUUCAGACGCAGUUUCUUUGGGACACUCUGCAGGUGCGGCAGCCUGCCCCACUGAUGAGCAUCGUCCCCCUCUCGUUACCAAGAGGCACCGUGUGGCCUUCAGGACAGCCGUCUGCUCACAAGCACAGCACCAGGGCGCAGCUGCUGCCUGCCCAGCACCCUGCCCUGGGCCCCCUCUCGGUUCGAGGGCAGAGCAUCCUUUCCCAACAGCAGCAGGCGUUGAGGCGCAGCCCCCAGCCCCAGGACAGGGGCUACCCGUGGAGCCGGGCUGUAGUGCCAGCAGCAAUGACCCAGUCCUGCACUAAAAGCAGGGGAAGGCUGAUGAGUGCCUGGCAGCUCUCUGCGGCCAGAAGCAAGGUGGAAGGAUGUGAGUGUGACACGGCUCGGCCGUUCUCCGCAGGCAUCGCGCACGGCGGCUCCACGUUACGCCCGGUCCGUGCAGACAAGGCCACGGGCGGCAGCAGCGGCAGCGCAGUGACGGCGCACAAGUUCCUGCUCAGCUCCGCCGGGCUCGUGCUGCACACACGCACCGCGCGCUGCUCCAGCGCCAUGAACUUCCGCGACGUGAGAAGCGCAGGGCACGGAGGCGGCGGGCGGCGGCGCGGCGGGAGCUGGGAGCGGGACGCGGCGCCCCCGAGCGGACGUUGACCUGGGAGGCGAUGGAACAGAUGCGGUUCCUGCGGCAGGAGCUGCCCGAGGAGUGGCCGCCGCAGCGCCUGGCCGAGGGCUUCGGCGUCAGCCUGGACGUGGUUCACCGGGUGCUGCGGAGCCGGAGCUGCGUCCCCCCGCGC